AUGUUGAGAUUUUAUUCUUCUAUCAAUGCGUUGGGAAGUAGUCAAAGUAGUGUACACGUAGCGGCCAAUCUUAUUCAGCGAUGGGUGGGCCACGACCAAGUGGCACAGUGUCGGCCCACAAGCGGCACUGGAACAACCCCACCGAAUGGAUCGAGGCCUCGUGGGAUGCUUGCAGCGCGCAGGUACAGUGGAGCCUUUCAAGGCGCUGUCCAGAGACCAAAAGGAAAAUAUAUUGGCCGAUCGCGCCUCUACGAUGAGGGAUGGGACGACCAUGACGAGACACUAGGGAUGCCAGCCUGCGCUGAAAUCGCUACUUAUGGGGGCCAAUUUAUUCACCGACGGGUAGUCACCCCGACUAGUGGCGACCGGAGCAUGAUCGAAUAUGACGCGGCACAACAAGUAGAACAAGUAUUGGUUCCACAAGCGCCACGAAAACAGCUUCACCGCCAACUUGAAUGGGUCGAGGCGACAUGGGAUGGUCGCGACACGCGUACAGUGGGGCCCUGGAGCUUUCAGGGCGCAGUCUAGAGAGCGGCGCUUGAUCAAAAGGAAAGGGAAGUUGAGGUUGGGUUCCAGAAAACGAUAGCUGAAAAAUGACAAGCUUUGACGCACAGCCGACACCCACUCGCCUGCAUCCUAAGAGCUCAAUUAAAAGCUAAUCGCUCUCCUUGAGGAACGGGAUGACCGUCGUGGGACCACAGCGGCGCUUACCGUGGGCCAGCGAUCGCUGCAACUCGUGCCUGAUUACGACUUACAUAUGAGGUCCUAUAAGUCAGCAAGCAGGGGUCAUACUAAUUCUCUCGCUGUCAUAACCAGUCUGGGUCAUGCCAACGCGCAUGCUAGAAUUCGCGGUUGACA